AUGUUGGCAGCUGGCCGGCAGGAACCAACCACACCCUCUGGGUAUGGACUGAAGUAUAAGACCAUGAUAGUGACUCACACGUUCGUUACCAUCCACCUCCAGAGAGACAUGGUCACUAACCUGUUGUCUCGUCCUGCAGAGGUCCCUGCCUUAAACGCCAACACUGCUCACUGCAGUUCUCUUUCCAAUAAAGUAAAGCCUCGAUUACGUCGCUCUACUCUGAUGCCAGACAUCACACACCUAGAGCUGCUGGUGGUUGUGGGGCCCGACGUCCAGCAGGUCCACAAACAGGACACAGAACGAUAUAUUCUCACCAACCUAAAUAUUGCGUCUGAGCUGCUCAGAGACAUGACUCUGGGUGCCAACAUGAGGGUACACCUGGUCCGCAUGAUCAUCCUGUCACAGCCCGAGCCAGAGAUCCAAAUGUCCACCAACAUCACUUCCUCUCUGAGGAGUGUGUGUGACUGGGGCAGAAGGAUCAACCCCUCCAAUGACUCAGACCCACUACAUGCAGACCUCCUGUUAUAUGUAACAAGGUACGAUCUGGAGCUGCCAGACGGGAACAAACAGGUCAGAGGGGUGACACAGCUUGGAGGGGUCUGCUCCAGGGAAUGGCCCUGCGUGAUCACAGAGGACACAGGCUUCGACCUGGGCAUCACCAUCGCUCAUGAAGUUGGACAUAGUUUUGGAAUCAACCACGACGGGGUAGGGAACAGCUGCAGCCGGAGCGGCUUCAUAAUGGCCACAGACGGAGGCUAUAACAGUGUGGAUUUGACCUGGUCCCCCUGCAGCAGACAGCAGCUUCUCACCUUCUUCAGUGAAGGUAGGGCUGAAUGCGUCAAAGAUUUCCCUGCACUCGGAGGCUCCCUACAGGACUGGAAGCCAGGGUUGUAUUAUGGAGUUGAUGACCAAUGUCGUAUAGCUUUUGGCAGCACUGCAAGAGCCUGCUCCUUCUCCAAUCCUGACCUGCCAGCUUGCCGUGUUCUGUCCUGUCACGUUAAACCUGAAGAUGUCGGCUCCUGUAAACGCCUCCUGGUUCCUUUGCUGGAUGGGACAGAGUGUGCACCCAAUCAGUGGUGUUUGAAGGGACGCUGUGUGUCCACAGAUGACUUUGGUUCCUCUGUGGUGGUCAAUGGCUCCUGGUCCAGCUGGUCUGAGUUUUCGUCCUGCUCCAGGACAUGUGGCGGAGGAGUCAUGCUCCGUACCAGGGAAUGCAACAACCCAAGACCUGCUUUUGGAGGGAUUGAUUGUGAGGGUCCAGAUAUUGAGGUUGAACUUUGUCACCAACAGCCUUGUGAGGGGACCCAGCUGGAGUUCAUGGCAGAGCAGUGUUCUCAAACAGACCUCCGACCUCUGUACUUGCUACCCAACACUGCUUCCUUCUACAAAUGGAUCCCAGCUAUUGGAUUUGUUAAAGGCGAUGAGCAGUGCAGGUACAUGUGCCAGUCAGAUGCAGAGGACUUCAUAGUGAGCCGUGGGUCUCAUUUUGUGGAUGGUACUCGCUGUGAGUCAGAUAGCUCAACUCCAUACGGCGCAACAGCUGCUUGUCUCAGAGGCAGAUGCCAGCUGUUCGGCUGUGAUGGAGUGCUACACUCUGGGAAAGCGUGGGAUGUUUGCGGAGUGUGUGGUGGAAAUGGGUCGACCUGCAUUUUGACAUCUGACUCCUACAGCGGCGGUCGCGCCAAAGAGUACACCACUUUUCUCACUCUGCCAGUUAAUGCCUCCCAGGUCUAUAUUGUCAACAGUGGACCUGUUUUUACUCAUUUAGCUGUAAUGGUUGGGGGUGAGUACAUUGUGUCUGGGACUGGUGCCAUGUCUUUGAAUAUCACCCACCCCUCACCGCUAGAUGAAGACUACAUUCAGUACCGCCUUCACCUCACUCCAGACCAUUUACCCGAGACAGAAGAAGUGGUUCUACCUGGACCUCUUAAACAGGAGAUAACCAUACAGGUCUAUCGUAAAUAUGGACCAGAAUAUGGUGAAAAAACGAAUCCAAACAUCAGCUUUCAGUUCUAUGUGCCAAGAAACAAGAGCUUGGCUGACAGCUUACCGAGAGGAAAAUGGACUGCUUUCACAACACCUUGCUCUGUCACUUGUGGAUUGGGUAUAGAAAAGCAUGAGCAUGUCUGUGUAGAUGAACACACCAACAACCUUUUGAAGCCACACCACUGUAAAGCUCCUCCUCCGCCUACAGCGCUGCACACAACCUGUCAGCUCCCAUCCUGCCCCCCCAGGUGGGAUGCAGCAGGUUUUGGGGCUUGCAGCGUCUCCUGUGGGGGGGGAGUUCGGGUGCGUCGUGUGCAAUGUGUUCAAAAACAUGGAUCCGAUGUGGUAAAGGUUCCAGAUUCAGAGUGUCCCUCAGAUAAAACUCCCCACUCUGUGGAAAAAUGUAACCUUCACCACUGCCCUGCCAGAUGGUCUGUGUCAGAACCAGGAAACUGUUCAGCAGUGUGUGGACCAGGAGAAGCAAAACGCAACGUGUCAUGUAUCCGACGAGAAGACGGAUUGGAUGUCAUAGUGGAUCAUAAAUAUUGCUUAAAUCAGAUCGCACCUCCAGAAUCAGUGCCCUGUGUGGUAAACGUCUGCCCCAUUGGGUGGGAAUCUAAGCGAGAGGAUCAGCCUAGUUUGAAGUCUAGCUUGAUGCCACGUUCCAGACAGGCUGCUGUGUACGUCUGGAGUCCUGUUGUCAGCCAGUGUUCCAGGACCUGUGGGAAUGGAACCCUACAGGUGUGGUUUUCUUGUGUGGAUCACGAGACGGGACAGGGGGUUCCUGACUUCCACUGUGACGCUUCCAGCAAACCUGAUCCUUACUUUGAGAUGUGUGCUGUUUAUCCCUGCCCUCCGAUGUGGCGCUCUAAGCAAGGAGUGUGCAGUGUAACGUGUGGAGGAGGGGUAGCCAAGAGAGUUCUGUAUUGUGCUCGAGAGGCAGAUGGGGAGGAGGAGGUGUUGGAGGAUUACAGCUGCAGUGGCUUUCCCAAACCAACAGCCGUGAUUCCAUGUAAUACUCACAGCUGCCCUGCAAGGUGGAAGGUAUUCAAGACAUGGCCCUGCUCUGUAUCCUGUGACCUGGGUGUAGCUGAGAGGAAUGUGUCUUGUGUCCAAUUUAUCCAUGGUAAAGAGAGCGUGGUGCCAGAUGAUAGCUGCAGGGCAGCCGUCAAACCUGCCAUCACGGUGCCUUGCCUAGUGCAAGUGUGCACCUUCAAGUGGGAGGUGAAGCCAUGGAGCCAGUGCUCAGCACCCUGUGGAUAUGGUAUCCAGUCCAGAGCCGUCUUCUGCAUGGGCCCCUCGAAGCCCGAGCCCCUCAGCCCCCUGUUUUGCAUGCACAUGCCCAAACCCAUCACCAUACAGGGCUGCUACAAAGGCAGCUGUGGAGCUGUAGCCUUGAACAAAACCUCCCCAAUUAUGAGAACAAACCUCACAGAAAAGCGUCUCCCAUCUCCCGUUCCGGUACAUGAGGAUGCCCAGAACGGCGUCAGCGUUGUUCCUCCGAUUCCAACAGAGGCCGUAACCAUCCCACAUACUACCACAGCCAUUCCGACGACAAAGUCUGGUCCAUGUGGACAGCUACUCCUGGAGGAAUCGGGCAUUGUGGAUUUAAAGGAUGCGCCGAGCAGAUGCACGGUGUCGAUAGGUCGACCCCUUGACGAGGUCAUCAGUAUUAAAGUCAUAUCCAGUUCUUUGGAUUGCAGACAAAGGGACUAUGUAGCGUUUUUUGAUCGCCUGGCCUUUGUGAGGAAGUGCGUUCAAGCAGCAGGCAGUGAACUGACCAGCAGAACCAAUGUCCUGUUUGUUCGCCAAAAUCUGCUCACCCGUGGAAAUGGGGUUGUGUUUACCUAUAGAUCGGAGAGGAGUAUGAAAAGGAGCCAUCGUCAGGAUUGCGACAUUCAGCUUUUUUCCCCCAGCGGCAUUUUUGAGAAUCCAGUUACGUCGAACGCCAGCCACACCUGCCGAGUGCUCAUCAACGCCCCUCCUUCAGUGAAGAUCAGGAUCCAGGCGCUGCACAUAGGAUUAGUAUUCAACACCACCAACUCCCAGUCUACAUACAUUAUGAUCCGGGACAUGGACGUCCUAAAGACCACUGUGUUUAACGGCCAGCAGCUGUUCCUGUGGCGCUCCUCUGGAAAUAUGGCGGAGGUUGAAUUUCAUGGUGAUUACCUGUAUUCCAAAGGGACCUUCAGAGCUGAAUAUUCCUUUGUGCGUCUUUGAUUGAAGAUAUAAACUCUUAAGAAUAGAUUAAAUAUUAUAUGUGUAACAUUUCUUAAGUUUACAGUUCUCAAAAUAAUCAUUUAUUGUAUUCAG